AUGCUGCACGGCGGCGGCUACAUCCGGCUCUCCGCGAGCCCCAAGGACCCGAUCGCGACCAUCACGCACAGCCUGCUCGCGCACUGCAGGCGCACGCGCGUGCGCAUGUGGCGCGGGUUCGCGGUGGAGUACAGGCUGUCGGUCGCGGCGCCGGACGAGCCGCAGCACGCGUUCCCGGCGGCCCUGCUCGACGCGCUCGCGGGCUACCUCUACCUCGUGCGGGAGGUCGGGUUCCGAGCGGAGGACGUGGUGGUCGCGGGAGACUCUGCCGGCGGGAACCUCGCGCUCGCGCUCGUCCGGUACCUCGUUGAGAACGCGGGCUGGGUGGCCGACGGGGAGAAGGACGAGGAGAUGAUGCCCCCGCCGCCCGGGGGGAUGCUCUUGUUUUCGCCGUGGGCCGACUUGUCGGGGUCGGACGUGUUCGCGGGCGGGUCGCCGUUCGCCAACUACGACUCGGACUACCUUCUCGCGCACAGCCAUCCAAGCGCACUGUACGUUCGCACCGCGUUUCUCGGCCCGCUGCUGAGCCCAGAAGGCCUUCGGAACCGGUACAUUUCGCCAGCAUGCGACGAUGCCGACGAGGACGCGGAGGAGGAGGUGUCGUUUGUUGGGUUCCCACGUACGCUGGUGGUAUCUGGGGGUGCGGAGAUGUUUCGGGAUCAGAUACGGAUCCUGGUGAGGAGGAUGGCCAGGGAUAUGGGAGUUGGGACCGGGGAAGGCCAGGUCACACACUUGGAGCAACCGGAGGGAACGCAUGACUUUGUCGGUUUGUUUUUCCACGAGCCCGAAAGGACGGAGGCUUUGGAGGCGUCGGCCAAAUGGAUCGGCGGGUUGUAA